AUGGUAGUUUGUGACAAGAUGAAACAUGUGAACUUUGUUGUGUAUUUUAAUUCAAUUGAAUGUGAAGUUCAAUGUAUGUGUCAGUUGUUUCAGUUUAGAGGCAUUAUGUGUGCUCACUCACUCGCGGUGCUUGUGAGAAGGUGCAUAAACGAGGUGCCAAGUAAGUACAUUUUGCCACGUUGGAGGAAAGAUUUGGUUCAAGAUUACACAUGCAUCAAAACCACGUACAUUGGCUUUGGAGAUGAUUUCAAUACAAGUUGUUAUGAGAGGAUGAACAAGAAAUUGAUCGCCAUUAUACAACUUGCUGGUAAUUCAGAAGGGAAAAUUAAAAUUAUAGACCUUGGGUUGGAUGAAAUGAAGGAUAGAGUCAUGCACGAUGAAUCGGGUGAUGGGAGUAAUUUACCACCUUCUACUAAUAGGAUACCAUCUUCUACAAAAAGUCCAAUUGCCACCGGUUGUACAUCGGGUGCUAGUAUGAGGAAGGUGGUUAGUCCUUUGGUUGUUCGGCGAAGAGGCCGUCCAGUAACGAAACGAAAGGUUGCCAAAGUAGAUCAAAUAGUGAAUCGGUUCAAGGCAACGGGAAAAAAACAAACAAAAGCAAAGGCUGCUAAGGUGCUUCAAUUUGAAGCUCAAGCUCAAGUCCAAGCUCAAGCUCAAGCUUAUACAUCAUAUUAUCCUUAUAUGGUUGGCAUGCAAAAUAGUGUGUAUGCACCGGUCGUAAAUGCUAUUAGAGCCACAUCUCUUAUGCCAUCGGACUUUGUAAGCGGCACACCGAGAAGUUUAAUGAGUGCUCCAACUCAAAUGUUUGGCUUUGGAUCUCUAACCCCAUCGGGUUCUAAUGCAUGCAAAUCGGGAAUGAAUGAUGGAGAUUAUAGAAAUGUUUGA